AUGUCUCUCCCCACCUUCAACGUCUCCAGCACCGCCGAGCAGGUCGCGGACACCUUCGCCAGCGACAUCGCCGGAAAGAACGUCCUCGUCACCGGCACCUCGCAGAACGGUAUCGGUUUCGAGACCGCGCGCGUCAUCGCCAAGCACGCCAACCUCGUCAUUAUCACUGGCUACAACAAGGAGCGUCUCGAGAAGUCCGCUGAGGCGCUCCGCAAGGAGGGUGGAAAGGCUGAGAUUCGCCCCCUUGUCCUCGAUCUGUCCUCGCUCGCCGCUGUCCGCAAGGCUGGUGCCGAGGUUAACGCCUACUCUGAGCCCCUUCACGUGCUCAUCCACAACGCCGCGGACACCAACGCGACCUAUCGCAUCACCGAAGACGACAUCGAAGGCCAGAUGGCCAUUGACCAUCUCGGCCCCUUCCUCCUCACCAAACUCCUAUACCCCAAACUCCUUGCCUCUAUCUCCGGCUCGUGGCUCCCCCGCAUCGUCAUCGUCUCGUCUGGCGCCCAGGCUGCUGGCCCUGGCAUCGACUGGACGAUGCUCCGCAAGCCCCACGCUGGCACCCCCUCAGGAGAGCAAUGUCUUCGCCCGUUACCACGAGGCCAAGGUAAGCUCCGUGCUUACAGCUUGCACCCCGGCGUCAUUUUCACGAACAUCUUCACGAAGGAGGCGAUGAUCCCCACGCUCAAGGCGAUGGGCGAGAUCAAGGAAGACGGCUCGCAAAACCCUGAUGCCGCCCACCCGUGGAAGACUAUCCCCGAGGGCGCUGCGACCACCCUCGUUGCGGCCUUCGAUCACCGUCUAAACGACAAAUCCGGUGCUUAUCUGAUGGACUGCGCCGAUGCCAGCGACACCGCCGGUGGACCCCACAACCGCAGCGCCUUCAACUCCGAUAUCGCCAACGCGGACAAGCUGUGGAAACUGUCGGAGGAGAUCGUCGGCGAGGAGUUCAAGAUCUAA